GGCACUGCAUAAAAAGCCCCGGCAGGGACAGGGAGCAGGUGACACCCUCGGAAGAUCCCAGAGCCGCGCUGCCAGAGCUGCAGGAGAAGGGCCAUGGAGCAGUACUUCUCAGCCACGCAGAAGAUGGAGCAGGAGGUGAUGUUCCCCAGCCUGCUGCGAGGGGUCUUCCCGCAGCAGGAGGGGGCAGCCCCGGCCGCGGAGAGCCGCACGGACCUCUACGAGCGCUACCAGCUCCUCAAGGCCAUCAAGCCCAUGGUGGAGAAAGGCCUGGCCUCUGUGGGUGACCAGAGCCCCGCCGGCGCCGACAGCGACACGGACGCAUCCUCGGACAGCAACGAGGCCGGGGACGCCCAGCUCGAGGAGCGCCUGUGCCACCACCUGACCGGCCUGCAGCAGGUGCUCACCCACCUCACCAGGGACACCAACGCCCUGACCCGGAGGUACAGCCAGAUCCUGGAGCAGAUCAACCUCAGCGAGGGCCAGCCCAGCUGGUGACCCUGUCCUGGCCACCAGGACAGGUGCUGCUGUCAGGAAGCACAAGGCGUCCCCGUCGCUGACCAUGGCCGGCUCUUCCCAGCCACGCUCGCGUUCCCCGCUCCGCGGCAGCUGAUCUGAUCUCCCGGCACUGCACCGACACCGGAGAUGGUUGUGACCGCUGCAGAACCAGAUGGUGCCUUAUCCUCAUAGGAAGAAGCCUCUGGCUGAGCCGGGAAGGCCGUUGGAAGAGCUGCGGGCUCGUGCCCCCCUCUUUAUUUUCAAAGAGUGGCACAGAGUUGGGAGUGUUGUGAGGUGGCCCCGACCUCCAGCAGUCCCUCGAGGCUGCCAGGCCCUUUUCCAGCUGGUACCUGGACUCCAAGGGCAUUUCCCCCCGUUUCUGCUAAUAAAAGAAU